AUGUCUUCAGGUGGUUUGAAUAAGCGUUGCCAUCCCGAUGCUUUUUUAAAUUCAUUAUCAUUAAAUUUAAAUUCAUCAUCAAAUUCAAUAUCAUCAUUAUCAAAUUCAAAUUCAAUAUCAUCAUUAUCGAACUCAAAUUCAAUAUCAUCAUUAUCAAAUUCAAAUUCAAUAUCAUCAUUAUCAAAUUCAAAUUCAAUAUCAUUAUCAAAUUCAAAUUUAUUGCCAAAUUCAAAUUCAUUAUCAAAUUCAAAUUUAUUACCAAAUUCAAUAUCAUCAUUAUCAAAUUUAAUAUCAUCAUCCAAUUCAAUAUCAUCAUUAUCAAAUUCAAAUUCAUUUGAUUCUGAACAGAUCAAACGUCUCUUAAAGUACGAAAAGCAGAAGUAUCAAGUAAUAAAAAACGAAUCCGCAUCUGCUGCUUUAUGGUGGCGAGCUUUUGGUUAUCCUGCACAAAUGAAUAGUGAUAAAGAAUUAGAAAGAAUUGUUGGAUUUAUUUCUUGUUUUAAGUGUAUGAAUACUCAAGUUUAUAAUAAAUUUAGUGGAACAAAACGUUUUAAAGAACAUGCUGAUAAAUGUUUUCCGUUAUCGAGCACAACAUCAUCAUCCAAUAGUUUUACUUCGUCUUCAUCUUCAACUUCAACAACACAAGCAACAUUGAACAAGAUGGGUUUUAUUAAACAUGUAGAUUUCACAGAAAAUGAUAUUACAAAAGUUAAAGAUUUAUCUGUAAAAUGGGUUUGUGGUGAUAUUAGACCAUUUAGUAUAUUAGAUGACUCAGGUUUUAGAAAUUUAGCACAAGAAUGUGUUCGUUUGGGAGCUGUGUAUGGAAUAUUCGAUGUUAAUGAAGUAUUACGUGGUGAAAAGUCCAUAUCGCGGCAUGUUAUGUUGUUUGCUGAUAAUGCACGUGAACAAAUAAAAGAACUUUUAUCAAUUCCUUUGAAAGAACAUUCAUUGACAAUUUGUCCGGAUUAUUGGACAGAUUCAUACAAAAAGAUUUCUUAUUUAGGUGUGAGUGUAAUAAUCGUUGAUGAUGAAUAUCGUUAUAAAUCAAUAGAUCUUUGUUGUACUGUUCGCACAGAUGAUUUAACACAUACAUUUCAUGCUGAAUCAACAACAACAACAGCUAGUUAUAAUAGUAAUGAAAAUCAUGAAUCUUCUGAUACUGACAGUGAAUCGUCCACUGAUGAUGAAUAUGAUAACACAGUUUCUUUACCAGUUAUCCGUAAAAAGAAAUCUGUUUUAAGAAAGACUCCUAUGGCAAAAAUUGAAGUUUCAAUUUCUCAGGCGAAAAUCGCCGUCGAUCAAAUUCCACCGCAGGCUAACCAUGUUCUUCAAAUUUUAAAUAAAUGUAAGAAGAUCGUCAAGUAUACAGGUAUCAACAAUGAUAUCAAAGUAGAAGGUGGUGUUACAUUACAUCAAUCAUGCAUUGUCCGGUGGCUGUCUAUGUCAAAUCUCUUAGAAAGUCUCUUAAAAUCGUUAAAAGCAACAAAAAGAUUGUUAAUAACCAAAAAAAAACAAUCAUUAAUAAAUGAUCUAGACGAAACAACAAUUAAGCAGCUAGUGCUGCUAUUAAAGCCAUUUAAACACGUAAUGACGUUAAUUCAAACAGGAAAUGCACCAUCUUUACAUAUGGUUCUAUUAUGCGUUUUGACGUUAAAAGAUGCUUUAACUUCAUAUAAAGCAUUAGUUGAUUAUAAAAAGAUUUAUUGCAAUUCGACGAAAAAAACAACUAUUGAUGAUGAAUUAGAAGAAGAAGAAGAUGAUGAUGAUGAUGAAUUAGAAGGUAUUAAAUGGUUUCGUGAACGUUUAUUAAAAUUAAUCGAUGAACUAUUUGUCCUUGAUGUUCGUCAUUAUUGUUCUACAAUGUUGCAUCCAAAAUACCGGUUAUUAAAGAAUUGUACAAAAGAAGAACGUUCACAAUGCCACAAAUAUGUUCGUGAACAAUUAAAGAUAAUGCGUAGUACUCCUUCAACUACCGACACAUAUAAACAAACAGCUGAUCCACCAUCAAAAAAAUUCAAAACGGCUGAUACAUUAUUUGCUCGAUUUGAAGAUGAUUGUUCACGUGACACUUCAGAUGGCAAAGCUGAAUCAAAUGAAUAUGAAAGUGAUGAAUAUGAAAUAAAUAUCAAGCAAUCCGAUGAGUUGGACAGAUAUUUAGUGAUGCAAAUCGACAAGUCAUCAGUUACAAACAAUCCAUUAGAUUUUUGGAAAACUGUAUCUGAAAAAUUUCCAUUGUUAUCUAAACUUGCCAAACGGAUUCAUUCAAUACCAGCAACGUCAACGGGCGUAGAGCGCCAAUUUUCAAGUGCUGGUUUGAUCAUAAACCAGCGAAGAACAAAUAUCAACCCUGAACAAGUGGACAAUAUUCUUUUAAUACGUUCAUUACAAAAAUUGUAA